AUGCGCCUCAACGCAAAAACUGCCAUCUCCACCGCAAAGGUACUUCUAGUCCCAUACUCCAGCUGGCACGUCCCACGUUACCACGAAUGGAUGAAAGAUGAGGAAAUCCAAGCCGCCACGGCAUCAGAACCACUUACCCUGGAAGAGGAGUACGCGAUGCAGCGCAGCUGGCGCCAGGAUGCCGAUAAGUUGACUUUUAUUAUUUGUUUGCCUGUUCUUCGGUCUCUGUCUCAGCAUGCAGCUGAAGGUCAAGGGAGGCAAGAGUCAGGGUUACGGCUGCAACUGCAGGACGGAGAUGAUGGACCUGAGCAGAUGCUCGGCGACAUUAACCUCUUCCUCCGGGUUGAGGAUGACGACGAGGACGAAAACGAAAACAGGUCGUCAUGUCCAGAAAUCAUCGGGGAGAUCGAGCUGAUGAUUGCCGAGAAGGCGAAUCAGCGAAAGGGCUAUGGGCGGGCUGCGUUACUUGCGUUUCUGCGGUAUGUGCUUGAGCAUGAGGAAGACAUAGUGGGGGAGUUUGUGCAAGGCACUGGUGCUGGCGCUACAUUACAAGGCAGGACGGACUGGAAGUUUGGCGCGCUGAGUGUCAAGAUUGGAAAGGAGAAUGGGCGCAGUCUGGCGCUGUUUGGGAGUGUUGGGUUCCGCAAGGUGAGCGAGGAGCCGAGUUAUUUUGGGGAGUUUGAGUUGAGGAGGGUACGGAGGGAGCUGUCGCUAGAGAGUGUUGAUGAGGCGAUGGCGAGGGCUGGUGUUGAGGGAUAUACUGAGGUUUCUUACGAGAGGACUGAAUGA